UAUUUGCGUCAUGCCCCCACCUUCCAACGUCUUUUGCAUAGACGGCCACGCCCCCGUCCUCCUCCUUCCCAAAUAGCUGCAUCCCCCCUUUUCCUCCGUUUAUCCGUGUUUUCUGGUAAACGGACGCUAGAGGGCGCAGAGAGGAAGGCGAUAGAAGUUAAUUUAAGGCGCAAUUAGAGCCCGGAUUUAUUUGGAGAGCGAGAAUUUAGCAGCGGCCGCGUGUGAUCUGCUAACUGGCGAAUGUAUUUCUGAGCAUGGGCAGAGUGCAUUGGAAAUCACAAGCUAGAGGUAUAAGGCGCUUCGCGAGCGCUGAUCCGGGAAAGCUUCUGCUACAGUAAAAUGUAUUCCUUAAUAUGCUGGUUACCCCUCUGAAAUUUGCUUCGUAAGGCUGCCUGCUUUUAAAAAUCUGCUGACGGAGGCACUAGGCUUUGCUGCUUCCAGUGUCAGGCAGAAAUUCAACAGGGGCAGAUGCCUCAGCAUGGAGACACAAUAAACAGGAGGAGAUCUUUACUGAGCAAAACAAAGAUUGUGGGGUGGUUAAUUAACUGAGGUAUCUCAGUCUUAUUCAUUUCAGUGGGUCUACAGUAUUCUGAGUAAAACUUGCCUGAAUGCCACCCAGUGAUAACAGUGACUAGAAGUCAUUCCAGUAUAAUAAUUUAAAAAUAACUCUGUUGGUAGUAUUUCCAGAAGGCUAAUUAUGUUUGUCUCUUGCAGCAAAACGAAAGAAGUCUUGUUUAUAGUUCACAAGCAGCCUCAUACCCAGCAUUGUUUGGGAAUUCAAAGAAACCAGAAAAUCAGAGCCAUUUCGAAAUUGAUUCAAAUGGUGUCCAGUGGAGUCCAAACAAAGAUCUCAGGAACCAUCAUGCAAAAUUACAGGAUUUUAAGAGGUGUGCAAAUGCAUAUCAAACAGACAGUCAACUUUCCAAAAUGCAUAGGGGAUAGAAAUGUCAGAAAUGAUAGUUUUAUCUGCAUGGUAAGUAUGCAUUUCUCAAUUAUUGCAAGAAAUGGUAAGCGUGCCAGCUAGUACGUGUAUACAGUGGUACCUCGGGUUACAUACGCUUCAGGUUACAGACUCUGCUAACCCAGAAAUAGUACCUUGGGUUAAGAACUUUACCUCAGGAUGAGAACAGAAAUCGUGCGGCGGCAGUGGGAGGCCCCAUUAGUUAAAGUGAUGCUUCAGGUUAAGAACAGUUUCAGGUUAAGAACGGACCUCCGGAACAAAUUAAGUACUUAACCUGAGGUACCACUGCAUAUGAAAUGUACCGGUAAGUUGCAUCUGUAGCCAUGGGCGGAGCAAAUAAGCCCUUACUGUUGGGCAACUAGUGCAAAAAGCAGUGGCUCUACCAUUCACCGGAGCAGGAUAUUGCCGCCAUGUUACGACGCAUACCGCUAAAAGAAUUGCACAGGCUGCCAAUGAGCCACCUGGAAGAUAUAUGUAGUUUGGGACCAGGAUGCCUGAGCAUUUGUCUUUCCGCUUAUAUACCCAAUCAAUCACUGCUCUGCAGGUGAAGGUCUGCAGCAGAUAGUCCAUUCUGCACAAUAUAGAAACCAGGCCUUUCAUGUGGUGGCACCUUCUCUUUGGAAUUCCCUUGUUAAAUAUAAGACAGGUGCUGCUUCUGUUGUCUUUGCAGUGCCUACUGAAGACUUUCUUCUCCCAACAAGCCAACAACUUAGCUUCCAACGAUAACAGAGAUCUUUCUCAGUCUGUAUCUGCAUUGGAAUUCUUUUUUAGAUGUUUAAAUUGUUUUAUUUUCAUGUGUUUGCUGCUCUGGGCUCCUUUUGGAGGAAAGUUAGGGCGCGGAUAAGACUGGAAUCCACUCCCCUCUGCCCAUGGGAAGAGCCUCUGUUGGCACAGCUACUAAGCCCCUCUGGAACCAGCCAAGCCACGUCUAUGUUGGCAUCCAGUAGAAUGGUGAGUGCCUCUGUCUCUACAUUCUGGAAUUCUUUAUUCCAGAAUGGAACAUCUUUUUAAUCCUUUGUGGCAUCGCCAAGAUUACCCAUUGUCCAAUCAGCAAACGGUAGCUUGUAUGGUGACCUUGAGCACUGAAGGAACUAGUGUGUAAAGCAGCUGCUGAGAGCUGGAGGACGGGGAAAAAUAUAUUAAGUGCAAGUUCUAAGUUCUUCAACUCUGGUUGAUCUAUUGACCUCAGUUUCUGAACUGGAAUUUGUUCUUUCCCAGCUGUAAUGCUGUCUUAGAACUUGUGGUGUCUUUGCAAAGCCUGAAAGGGCUCCUUUAUGCAAAGCGGACUCAAAACAUACAAGCCGUAGGUUUCGUGGAUUUCCUGGAAGGAUAUUAAAGGACGCUGGAGCCAUGCUCAAUUGGAACAAUGAUAUCAACAUGUCACUAAGACUGAUCUCGCCAGAGGAGGUAAGCUAACAGAGAAUGGGAGAUUUUUUAGUUCAGUUUAGAGAACAGUUGGUGUCUGCAGCUUCAGGCUGUCAAAAAGAUGCCCAGUGGACCCCCUUGCUGAGUGAUGGGUCCACCACCACCUCCUCACUUCUGCCCCUGCUGCCCAUCUGCUUGCCCCCUACCUCUUGGCUCAGUCCCUACAACCACCAGAUGGAGAGUCAGUUGUGACUGUGCUCUUUGGACAGGGAGGGUGGAAUGCAAGGAGGUCAACAGUAGGUGGAGCUAGAGCCAAUGGCAAGCAGGGGAGCCGACCAAUUCUAGUCUUGCCCCCAUCCUCCUGCUUCCUGCCAAAUUGUACAAAGGGCAGCAUUGAGAGUAAGGAAGAGGAAAUGGAGAGGCAGUACCACAUCCCUGGAUUGGUUGUCGGUAAGAAAGUCAGCAGAUGUGAGCUGGCUCAGGGCAGUCUGAGGCCGGUGGGGCAGUGCCAGGUAAAAGGUAAAGGGACCCCUGACCAUUAGGUCCAGUCAUGGCCGACUCUGGGGUUGCGGCACUCAUCUCGCUUUAUUGGCUGAGGGAGCCGGCGUACAGCUUCCGGGUCAUGUGGCCAGCGUGACUAAGCCGCUUCUGGCGAACCAGAGCAGCGCACGGAAACGCCAUUUACCUUCCCUCUGGAGCGGUACCUAUUUAUCUGCUUGCACUUUGACGUGCUUUUGAACUGCUAGGUUGGCAGGAGCAGGGAUCGAGCAACGGGAGCUCACCCCAUCGCGGGGAUUCGAACCGCCAAUCUUCUGAUUAGCAAGUCCUAGGCUCUGUGGUUUAACCCACAGCGCCACCUGCGUCCCAACGUUUGCCCUAAUGGACCAACCUCCGCUAGGGGGAGCACGAGGCAACUGAAGGUUGGUGCUGUUUCUCCUUGCUCUGGCCAGCAAGGAGAGGAGCAACAGGGCCAGGAGGAAUUCUGGGGAAUUCAAAUUGUAGUACAGUGGUACCUCUGGUUAAGAACUUAAUUCGUUCCGGAGGUCCGUUCUUAACCUGAGGUACCACUUUAGCUAAUGGGGCCUCCCGCCACCGCCGCCCGAUUUCUGUUCUCAUCCUGAAGCAAAGUUCUUAACCCGAGGUACUAUUUCUGGGUUAGUGGAGUCUGUAACCUGAAGCGUCUGUAACCUGAGCAUCCACUGUACAAUAAAGUGCAAUCGAUAGGAAAUAAAAGCAGCAGUAAAAAGCAUCGUUAAAAAUCAUGCAGCAUCUACCAGUAGGCUUGCCAGUCUGAAUCUCCAGGUGGGAGAGAGUGCCUUUACUGUUCAUGCAUCUUGCAAGCUUCAGCUCAGCAGGAGCUGGGUGCAAAUUGCAGCAUAGACACCCUGAGGGGUUCCACCCUCCUCUGCUACUGCCUCCCAAUUAACCUCCAUCUCCAGGGCCUGCCCUGUGAUAUCACUGGGGGGCCCCCAUCAUAACAUCACCAGGGGCUGCCCCAGAGUCUCAGGUUUGGACCGUGAGAUAUCAGGGUCUGAAAUGCUCCUGACUUUGCAACCCUGCUCACCACAGCGCAUAAUAGUUGCUACAACUGGCAGAAAAACUAUGAAGUGGUCUGCCAAGACCCUUAGCAGCAUUCAAGUGGGUAGGGAGCCGGGAGACAAUUGGGAACCACUGCCCUAUUCGUAUAUGUGUGCAUGGAUGUAGCCAUAGUUCUGCAGCUGCUCACUCAAAUGCAAGCUUUUCCUCUUGCUCGCUCUCGACAGACACGCACUGUGCAGGAAAGACUUGCUCAGGGUUUAGCAGCCCAGCCACUGGCUGCUUGCACACCUGAAUCCCAAGGCCACUGGGCAGCAGGCACCUUUCGAGGCAGCCACAGGUCCUGCAGACUUAAGGCAGACAAAGUCACAAAGCUGAUUAGGAGAAUCUGAUGCUGGUUUGGCGGGGGAAGAGGAGCUGCUCCACUGCGUGCUCCCCCCGCCCUUCUGCACCUACCUUAGCCAGCUGCAGUCCGAAGACCAGAGCUAGGAGGGAGAAGACAGGAUCCAACCUCAGCCUUGCCGUUUGGGGGUUUGGGGCUUUCCCUGGGUGAAAGCGGUGAGUUAAGAAGGGAGCUUGGGCUCGUCCUUGAGCAGGAUUCCGGGUGCAGGGUGUCAUUUGAUUGCAUUGAUCAAAUGGCGGCAAGCUGUCGUUCUCUACCGAAAGAUAAAUAUCUGGCACCGUUUUUUUAAGGGAGUGUUGGAAGGUGCCAGGAGUCACACCUGGGAACUCUGGAUCGAGGAGCGAGAACUAGUGAUUUGUGACACUAGCAAAGAGAAGCCAAGAUUGGCAGUGAAUUGAGAGUCCUAAAGGCUCAGGGCAAAGACGGCUGUGUCGUAGGUGACAGCAGGGGGGGAAAUGAUUUUAAAAAUCAAAAGUAAUAUUGUGUCUCUCUAUCCAUCAUCUGGUUUUUUCUGCUUGACAGAUGCAGUUCGAUCCUGCUGCGGUCCAACCAUCUCCAGCAAGGCAUAAAAUGUAAGCGCACGAGCUCUUCUGGGUGGGUGGGUGUGUACUGUUGGCUGUUAUUCUUGCUAAUCCCUCCUGAGGCUAAUUCUAUCCCGUCCACCUUAGAAAGAGAACAGAUGCCUUGUGUGGAUAGCCUCGCCCGUUCGCCUUCACGCUUUUAAUCCAUGCUCUUAGCCUCCGGAGGUCAUUUUCGUUUAAGAACCCACUUGUGAGGCUGCUGUUAGAAGAGAUGUCUGUGCCACAGACUUAAUCAAUUCUAUAUGUCAGUUUAGCUGCUCUGGCUCACUGCCCCUCACACCCCCAAAUAUGUUCAGGGCAGGCAGUUGUGUUUGUCUGUUGCACAAAGCAACCAAGAGCCUUGUGGCACCUAAAAGAUUUGUUUGUGAAGGCGCAGGACUUUGUAUUAUAGCUUAGCAACAUCUGGAGGGCCACAGGUUUCCCACUUUUGCACUGAAGCUUAAAUGUGUGUAAAAGAAAUGGAAUAAUAAUAAUAAUAAUUUUAUAACUCGCCCAUCUGGCUGCGUUUCCCCAGCCAUUCUGGGCGGCUCCCAACAGAAUAUUAAAAACACAAUAAAACAUCAAACAUUAAAAAACUUCCCUAAACAGGGCUGCCUUCAGAUGUCUUCUAAAAGUCAGAUAGUUGUUUAUUUCCUUGACAUCUGGUGGGAGGGUGUUCUGCAGGGCGGGCGCCACCACCGAGAAGGCCCUCUGCCUGGUUCCCUGUAGCUUCACUUCUCACAGUGAGGGAACCGCCAGGAGGCCCUCGGAGCUGGACCUCAGUGUCCAGGCUGGACAAUGGGGGUGGAGACACUCCUUCAGGUAUACUGGGCCGAGGAACAAGUCUAGCUGCCACAUUCUGGAUUAGUUGUAGUUUCUGGGUCACCUUCAAAGGUAGCCCCAUGUAGAGCUGCAGCGAUGCUCCUACAGCCUACCUCAACCUGAUGUCCUUCAGAUAUUGUUGACUCUUAACUCCCAUCAGCCCCAGGCAGCAUGGACAAUGAUCAGGGAUGAUGGGAGUUUGAGCCGGGUCCCUCUGCUCCUUUCAGACUGGCUCUUCAAGGCUUCCAGUAGCUGCAGUUUGGUGGCAGACCAUAUGCUUGGGCUGGAGAAGGUCCCUGGUUCAGUCCCUGGCCUCUCCAUAUAAAACAUGAUGAAUAUACCACUUAUGGGAUGCUCUUUCCCAGAGAUACUUGCUUGAGGGUGCCAAUGCUGUAGUCCUUUGGGUGCUAAGUGAAAACCAUCCUGCUUCCUUCUGCCGUUAUGCGUCCCAAAGGCAUAGCAAACAAACAACUUCUCAAAAUAUAUAGUAGAUGCAAACAGUCCAGAGAGCUUGGCAGGAGCAGCAGUGUGUGAGCGUAAUUAAAUAAAGAGAGGUGUUGUGCAACUGUCUCAGCAAUCCCUUGCCUGUGCUGCCCCGUUCUUGCAGAUUGCGCUAAUCUCCCAGCCUGCCGUUGGGACUGUCCCUGUCCCUGUGUGGUUUGCCUGUAGGAGCACUGGACAUUUUACAGCAAAUAUGACUUUUCUGCUUGCUAGUCUCAGGAUGUAUUUAGGGCCUGAGCAUUCAGAAAGCAUUUUUCUUUUUGGUGGUCUGACCCACCUGCACCGUUUUCUUGCAGCCUCACGGAAUCCACAAGUAAAAAUGCUUCACCCACCCCUGGGAGGUAAGGAAGGGGAGGAAGGGAAUUUAGUAAGAACUGGUCUGCUUAGUCUGCCUGUCUGCCUAGCUUGCUAGCUGCUUAGCUGAGUAUUGCAACUGAGAUAACAGCAUAGUGGUUAAGAGGCAGAGGCUGGUUGUACGCGGAAACAUUUACAGCUGUAUCAAUGGAAAGGUAGUGGCGCAGCACCUCUUUUCCAUGCAGAAAGUUAGGACUGGGAGAGACCCAGGUCUGAAACCCUGGAGAGCCACAGCCAGUGUAGACAAUAUGGAGCCAGGUGGGCCAGCAGUUGGACAGCUUUGUAUGUUCCCCAGCUAUGCACUUACUGACAAAAACGCCCAUUUCAAAAUGGUAUAAAGCAGAGCUAAAUGAACAUCAGGGCUGCAACCGUUCAUUGGCUGGGUUGAUACAUUAAGGCCCUUUUUGACUGAAAUGACACCGAUUAAUCGGGCAACACGUUUCGGCGAAUGUUCGCUAUUUUUAAAUAAAAGCACUUGCACAAACUUCAGCUGAAAAAUGCCAUUCCCCUUUAAUUAUAACACAGAAGGGAUGCCUCUUGGCCCCAGUGCCAUCAUAUAUCUACAUAUAAAGAAAAACCCAGCAUAUUUUCUCCCUUCAAAACUAUCGGUUUAGUCAUAGGAAAAUCUGUGCAGGUCUCAUCAGGGAACGAAUCCAUUAUUUAUUCAGGCAGCACCUCUAAAUAAUACCAGCCUGCCGUACAGUUGUGCGUGUAAAGUGCCUUGAAUGUUUCAAAGCACUUUGGAAAUCCUAAGCAUCUUUAUUAAGCCUUAUUUUGAUUAGAACUCCGCUCCAUUCAGUCCUAGAUGCUGUCUCUUGUUACAGCUCCAUCGUCCCUAACUGUUAGCCUUCUGAAUGGGGCUGAUGGGAGUCUGGAAGGCCACAGAAUCCCCAUCCCUACUUUAGGGAAUGGGCCUAGUUUUAAAAUAGUGGAGCCCAUCUUGUUUCUUCCUCACUUGUAACUCCUCUUUCCAUCAGUGUGAACAAUACAGAGGGUAUCCAUGUUAUUCUGCUACACCAAAAAUUACAGAGUGUCUUUGAGCCACCUGAAGUUGAACAUAUUUAUUAUGGCACCUAAGCCAGAUGUGGCCAGGUGUUGUGGGCUGCAGAUUCCAUCAUCCCCGUCAGUUCGCUAUGCUGGCUGUGGCUUAUGGGAGUUGCGCAAUCCACAACAUCUGAGCAGCACCUCAGAAUUAGCGGACUCCAUCUGCCGAAAUAAAACCGUAGUCCACGAUAGCUUAUAUGCCAUGGCAACUGUGGCAGGUCACAUCAUCCAUACCAUACAUUCAAAGCGUGUGGCUUCCCCCAAAGAAUCAUGGGAACUGUACCUUUGCUAAGGAUGCUAGGAAUUGUAGCUCUCUCUAAGGGGUAAGCAGCAAUUUCCAGGAUCCUCUGGAGGAAGCCAUGUGCUUUCAAUGUGCCGUGUGGAUGUGACCGUAGUCUUUAAGGUGCCACAACACUGCCAUUUUUUUGUGAGUGUUGCAGGAGUUCGAGAGCACGGAGGGCUUUAUACCUUAUAAGUUAUGAUGAGCGUGUGGACAUGGCCUUGUCCAUUUUUCCGCCUCCACCGUGGCUGGGCCUUUGAGGCUUUUGUGAGGUCACAAAAUCCUUUCAGCGCCAUGGCACUCAGAACCCCCAGGGAGCAGCAAUCCUGGGGACUGACCCCUCUAGCAGGUGGGGCUGCCCCGGAGCUGGCAGAGUGAUGCCACAUCUCAGAAUGUACCGGAAUUUGUACCGCCGCCUCCACUCCCUCUCCAAUUCACCUCCUGAUGCUGGUACCCCUUUCUCUUCUAGCAAUGGCAACGACGAAGCAGCGUUCAUCCGGAAGCAGAAACUGGAGAUCCAGGUACCUUGCCUUAGGAGCGGGCCAAACUCUCGGGAGUGGGGAGGAGCUUGAACAUUGCUGGGGACCUUCUUGGUGGGGUGGGGUAGACAGCUCUCGAGCUGCAGGGAUGCAGUCGCUUGGCGUGUGUUAUCUGUAAGUGGCAAUGCUUUGUUUAAAAGGUUCUUGAGUAUGGCAAGGGCAACACACCCCAUAAUUCAGCUGCUGCAGUGUAUUCCAGCACAAGGGUUUAGAUCUGGAUUUUUGGCAGAACUCGUCUGUGGGAUCUCUUAAUGGGGGAGGCAAAUAGAGGGGAAUCAUUGCAAUUGACGUGAGUCUUAGAAUCAUAGAACUGUAGAAUUGGAAGAGACACAAAAGGUCAUCUAAUCUCCAAUCCAGUGCUUUUAAUGGUAAAAAAAUAGGACAUCGGUAUUUGUAUAUUGAUAAAAGUGCUGUGGGUGUUGGCAUAAAACCGCAAAGAAAGAGGUGACUGUACUGCAAACCACAGCCACCAAAAAAGUGUUGAAUAUACACAGCACCCUCCUCUACACCAGUGUGGUGUAGUGGUUAAGAGCGGUGGACUUGUAAUCUGGUGAACCGGGUUCGCUUCCCUGCUCCUCCACAUGCAAGUGCUGGGUGACCUUGGGCCAGUCACACUUCUCUGAAGUCUCUCAGCCCCACUCACCUCACAGAGUGUUUGUUGUGGGGGAGGAAGGGAAAGGAGAUUGUUAGCCGCUUUGAGACUGCUUAAGGGGAGUGAAAGGCAGGGUAUCAAGUCCAAACUCUCCGUCUUCUAUUUAACCCUGCUUCCGUUUCUGACCAUCUCUCUGUACACCUUUCCAGCGCCGUAUCAUCGAAAAGAAGCAACGGCGCAAGCGCCAGGAGCCGCUCAUGGUCCAGGCCAACACGGAGGCCAAGGUGAAGGGGCGCCGUGGGAGGCGCAAGCCAGAGGAACGCGUCCCACUCAUGGAGUCUUGCAGUGAGCAUAGCCUGUGCAAUAGUGAGUAUCAGCACUGCCCAGCCUGAGGAGAUCAUGUGGCCUAGCAGCCUGCUCUCGGCAUUUAAAUCCUUUUGUUGGGUGGGGCUUCGGGAACGUUGACAUAUCCCAUCGCGUAGGAUGAAAUUCCAAUCUACGAGGAGGCUUUUUUAUUGUAAUAAUUAUUUUUUAAAUAAACAGAGCUGCAAAGUGAUUAGUAACUUCAAAUGUGCACACAUUUAACCUGCAUGCAUUUAAAUUUGCACCUUUGAAGGCUACAGAAGGGGGCAAAGCAGGGGAAAAGCAGUCAGGGAUGAGCUUUGAUAAUUAUAUUAAAGGCACCCCCCUUUUCUCCAAGGAGCUUGAGGGGGUGUAAAUGGUUCUCUCGCCCCCUCCCCCCCCCGGUAUAUCAUCAUAACCACCUUGUGAGGUAGCUUAUGCUGAGAGACCGUGACUAGACCAAGAUCACCCUGUGGGUGGAUUCAAACUCGGAUCCUUGAGGUCCACAACCAACCCACUUCGGUACUGGACCAAAAUUUGCCCUUCUCAGCUAAAUGGUAGAUAAAAUGGAUGGCGUGGAGAGUUCAGAGCUUUUCUCGGAUGAGAUUUGAUGCCCGCUGAACGAUAAUCCGCCUGUCUUUCCAAAGGUACAUGCAACCCUUUCCUCGUGGAAUCGGUCCCAGAGGCCCACCUUGGCGCUCAUAUGUGGGGUAGCUCUGUGCAGAUGAACCGGACACACAACGGCCAAGGGGAAUGCCAGGAACCCUUUCCAGGUAACAAAAGAACAUACGGUAAUAUAAGAAGAAGAGCUUUGCUGGAUCAGGCCAGUGGCCCAACUAGUCCAGCUUCCUGUUCUCUCAGUAGCCAGCCAGAUGCCCGUGGGAAGCCCACAAUCAGGGCCAUGGGCACAACAGCCGUCUCUCCCCUUGAGACUUCCUCAUAACCCUUCCCAGGCCACACUUCCUCUCUUCAGGCCACACUCCUCAGUAGCCUGGUUUCAGUGUUUUUGCAUUGCUGAUAAUGACUCUUGCUUGUCUGGAGGAAGGAUAGAGGCAAGAGUGGGUGGGGACUAGCCUACCGUGCCAUGGUAAAAUUUACUUUCAUUGCUCCUCCCCCUUUUGCCCUCUGACCCCGCCCAGCACAUGUGGCCCUCAGAAUAAUUGUCCAGAAGGUAAUGUGGCCCUUGGGAAGAAAAAAGUUCCCCACCCCAUAGGCUCUGAAAUCUUGCACUUCUCUUUCCAGGAAUAACUGGUGAUUAUCUCUGUUAUAAGAAAAUAUCUCUCUUUUCCUUAUGGGGAGCCCUUAAGAGUCCCUCAGGAAAUCUCUAUCGGUCAGAGAGAAAGCAGAGGCCAGCCAGAGUAUACUGAAAGCAAAGCGGCUAAUAAGCCUGAUCUUUAUUAAAGGAAAUCAGCUAUUGCAACAGGGUCCCCACUCACCACACGCAGGAGGGAGGAGACCCUCGAGCAAGCCCCUGUAAAGACUUUUGAAAUUGCCCACCCUGUAACCCAAGACCACCCCCCAAACAUCAUACAUACAUCACAGAAAGAGGUGGUCCCCAGCAGAAUUCUGAGUGUUGCUUCUCUCCUGUCUGCCAGGAUACCUGAUAAUGCCUUACUUGAUAGCAUUUUCUGGGUAGCCUGGCCAUCACUUUGAGAUGGUAAAUACUUUAGUUCCCUAAUCUCUUAGGCAUAUCGAUAGUUUGCUCAGCUUAACACAUACUUGCUAGACUGUAUUAGCAGAGAGGUGUAAACCCCUACAGUCCAAAGUCAAUUGGAAGCUUUUCCCAUUUUCUUCCUCCUUGCAGAGAAAUAUUUGAGGUCACUUUGGGAGAGUCAAAAUGGCUUCCUGUACUAUUUCAGACAUGAGGUUUAUAUACUUAUGUAUUCGUUUGCCUUGUACGUUUAUGAACAUUUAUUCUAUAUUUGAGACCUUAGAAUUAUUAUAAUCCCCACCACCUGUUUCCUCUCUUCCCUGAGGUCUUCAGCACCCUUUCACCUUUAUUUAUUUUUAUUUUAUUCAACAAAAUUUAUCCAGUGCUUGAUUGAACAGCCUCUGUGUGGUCUUUGUGCCCUUCCCUCUCCACAGAUUUCUUUGAUGAGGCCCAGCUGGAGGAGGAGCUGGAAGUGGCCAUUUUGGAAGAAACCCAGCCUAUCAACAGGAACGAAUCAGCUCCCAAGAAUGGCUGGCAGGCCAAACAGAGAGAAGGUGAAAGGGGGGCCGGGGGGAGAAGAACCAGGUUGCUGAACAUUCACCACUGCGAUACCGUUAGUGGUUGCUAAGCAACUGCCUCUGAUGCUCGGUUGCCAGGCACCAGAGCUGAGUCAACAAGACUCGUACUGCUUUGCCCAUGUCCAAGGACGAAGUUCCCUUAUUCAGAGAGGGGUUCCCGAAAGGCAGAGGCAGCUAUAUUAGGCAGUCUGCUGGGCGCACAGGUACCCCAAUGCGGGAAAUACCUCUGCUGAUGUUCCUAGUUGAUUUGAGGGGAUUCCCGCUACUAGUCGCUUCCCCAGUGCAGGGAGAGAAGGUCUAAAAGCUAAAUUUAUGAGGAGGAGAUAGCUGGUGGUGUGGUUUCUACGAGGAGUUGCUGUGGGAAUAAGGAGUAGCAAAGUUUUUACCCCUGUUCAUUCCAGAUAUACAGCAUAUAGCAAAUCUUAGGGGGCUUUAUAAUGGAUAAUAAUGUUGCCACUCACCAGAUUGUUGCGUUCCAGCAUUGUCUGCUUGUGUUUUCCCCCAGACCUGAUCUGUGGGGAAAAAGAAAAAAAAUUAUAGGGCUUAGCUGCCCAGUGCAAAAUUCGCCCGAGGCUUCAGAACUAAUGUGCCUUUAGUUAAAAACUUCCCCCUUCAAGCUUCUGCCCAUUUUAUUUCUUCCUGUUCAGCAGAGCUUGUGAGGAAUUGCUGCUUAAUUAGUCACUCUGGUAACGGGGUUUGAAGAAGGCUUUCAUUGUUAGUUUGUUGCCGUCUUUUAUUUUCUAUUGUAGCAAAAUAAAUAAAAGAAGGGAUUUAACCCUUUCCCCGGUGCCAUCUCCUGAAGCAGUCACCACCAAAGUUGCCUUUAUCCAUGAAUGGGGGUUGGGGAACACGGGUAUAAUACGAGAAAUGGCAGCUUCAAGAGAAGUGGCAAAUUAAAUCAGCGAAAUAUUGCUACAAAAAGGGUUAUGUUGUGAACCGCCCUGAGAUCUACAGGUGAAGGGUGGCAUACAACUUUAAUAAAUAAUAAAAGAAUAAUUAAAUUACCUAUCCCCACUCCCCUAGGAACAGGGCCUGUUUGUAGGUCUUCCUGCAACAGGUUUUACAAAAAGAAAUUAGGAGAUCCAAUCAAUAAUCUCACACUUUGGGCCUCAUUUUAAAAUGGCAAGUUUCUAGUUCUGAUGCAGAUAAAGGCUGAAAAAUGUGAGAGCAUAAUCUAGUGAAAUCACAGGAACCAGAGAGAGAGAGAGACUGAGCUAGACAUCCACUGAUCAAAUUCCAGUGGGAAUUCAGGGCUUCUUAUAUGAUAUUUCCUUCUCCCUUCGCAUGGUUGGACACUAACAGCAUAAAUAAUGCAUUUUUUCUUAUUUACACCCCCCUACCUCAAGUUACAGAACUGGGCUUUUGCUGGCUUGCUAUUUAAGGCACAUGUCAUUCAUAACCCCUGAGGUCAUUGUUAUCUCUUUCUUACCACCUGCAGGGCGCCCCAGUGCCCAGCGACAUAGCCAGGCUUCCAGGUCAAAGAAGGAAGUCUUGUCACUCAGAGAGGCUGUUCCAUCUAACAUUGUGGACAUGGAAGGCGAGGCUCCUGGCUGCGAGUUCCAGGCACCCCUGUUGGAAAAGGAAGCCUCAUCCCCAAUACAGAAAGCUCCAUCCAUCAUCAUGGAUAUGGAAGGUGAGACUCCAGAGUUUUGCAUAAGAGUACAAGGAGGCAUGGAAAGAAGAAAAGCCCACUCUUGAGGCAAGGGAGUAUGAGCUUGUGUUUUGAGCAUGUGCCCCGUUUCUAAAUAACUGUGCCAGGGAAGCACGUAUACUCUUAACAGGGCAGGAAAAUUUGCAUUUAAAGCUGUGCAUAUGCGAGUAGUAAGAUAACAUGCCACUGCUGCAACGCUUUCCGUAUAAAAGCUGCAAAAAAAGGCAGCUCAGAAACUUCCAUUUUAAAUGCAGCUGCCAAGCGGUGGGCCGCUCCAAUUUUGCAUCGACUUCAUUGGUUGCUAAACAGUUUCCAGGCUCAAGUUUAGAAGCCACCUUGACAAUUAUGUAGUAUACAAAUGACCAUGUUAGUUAAUAAAUUACAUUUCCCCCACCUUUCAUACAAGGGCCUCAGGUGACGUACACAGUUCUCUCCUGAAGUGUAGGUGGGUUCCCAUGAGGCAAGACACAGCGAUAACAGCAAGGACCUUUAUUGAACUACAUGACUGGGAAACGGGGGCAAAGCAACUGCUUAUAUACAUUCCCGAAAGCCUGGGCCACUCCCACUCCCAACGUGAUUGGCUGUCUAAACUUCCAAGCUGCGAAUCACGACUCAAGAGUUCAAGGGCCAAUGGCAGAAGCCCAUAUCUUGAAAUGUUCUGUGAUUGGAUAUGAUGUAUCGAAUCAGAACACAGGAGCUCAGAAUCCUUAGUCCAGACUCAAGCUCAGGCAGACACAGACCACUGAGUACAUGACAUCUCCCUUCCUCAUUUAAUCCCCAACAACAACCCUUUGGGUAGGUUAGGCUGAGAGGCAGUGGCUGUCCCAAGGUACCCAGUGAGCUUCAUGGCUGAGUAGGGAUUCAAACUUCGAUCUCCAGGUCCUAGUCCAGCGCUGGUCGCCCUCUGCUUUAGCACAAGAUCAGGAAUGGAAUGAGCGAGCAAGUAUGGGGGAUGCACAGUGGAUCUGUGUUUAAUAAGACAGAGUGCAAAGAGUGUGCAAAUGGGUUCAUGGAGGGAGGGUGCAAGCAAGGAAGAAGUAGAAAGACAACAAGGCCCAUCUUCUUACAUUAUUCCCCAUGUCAAAUAUGAGCCAUUGUUCCUAAACUGCAUGCAGACAGGAAUAUAGACUGGUGUGCGUGUUCCCUGGGUGCAGAAAUUACAUCUGAUGUUCAAACAAUAUAUGCUGAAGUGAAUAUACAGACACACAAAGCUAUCCUAUAUGAGCCAAGCCAAUGGACCAUGGCGCCCAAUAUUGUCCAUUCUGACUUGCAGCAGUUAAGGGUCUCAGGAACAGUCUUUUCCAUCAUCUGUUACCUGACAUCAAUCCUUGCUAGGCUGUUGCUCACUUGUAUUUUUUUCUGGAAACGCUGUGGGGUAUACAGGGACACAUUGGUGAAUGACAUGGUUUGUGUGUUAUGUACUUCUGGUCUCUAAAAUAUAAAGCAAGUGUGGGGAACUUUUGGCCUUCCAGCUGUUGUUGAACUACAACUCCCAUCAGCCCCGGCAAAUGGGGCCAAUGGGUAGGAACGAUGGGAGCUGUAGUUCAGCCACAUCUAGAGGGCCUGAGACUCCCCACACGCCUGAUACAAGGUCUGAAGCAUCCCUGGGACAGGAGGUAGAAGGUGGCGUGGAGACGAGAACAAGCCAGAAGAGGGCAGUAACAGAAUUGAUUUCACAUCUUAGACCAUUUUGAGAAUGAACCGCAGAGAGAAGACAUGGACCUAGAAUCUACAGGGUCCAAGGAUACCACUGGCGAAGCCUGCCAUGUCGACACAUUGCUCAGCAAUUCUGACAGUGAGGGGGAGUCAUCCCAGGAGUUGACAGUCCCACCCUCACCCAUGAAAAAGCCCCGGGACAGGAUGCUUGCACACAGAGGUGAGUGGCCUUCCAGCUGGAAGGGGAUCAUCUGCCAAACUGCUCUUUCACUGAUCUUGGCAAAGAGUUCUGAGAUAUAGCCAAGAUAUAGCCAAGAGUUGUGUGUGUUUCUGCAGCUCUCUGCAAACAUCCAGUAAUGUUUAGCACAGAAUUAAGUGUCAUGAGGACCUUAGGUAGCUAGUUUUUUAAAACAACAACAACUUUCUAGCAUUAAUGGCUGUUAAAAUAGGCAUGCAAUGUAUAGGCUAUGCCCCUGAUCUAAAGAGGUAGAAGGGGGAGACAGAGAGAGAUUAGUGACUGGAUUCCACCCCAUCCUUCGCAAUCCUCCUUGCUCUUCUCAGGGUCUCUCACCAAUGGAAGGAGAAGCCAGAGUGAGGAAGACGAAGAUGACGAAGAGAAGGAUGACGAAGAUGAAGACUUCAAGGACAAGGAUCAAGACAUUCUUAUGUACUUCCGUGAGGAAAUUGACUCGGCCACCGUAAGAGCCUAUGGCUGAAAUUGAGCAUCCCCUUUUCAAGCAUCUGAAUGAUCACUCGGGAUAUAUGUGGCUGGGCGCAUACCAUAUAUUUAAAGUGCAUGGCUUCCCCCCCCAAAAUCCUUGGAGGUGUAGUUUACACAUACAUACUUACAAUCCCCAGCACCCUUAUCAAACUACAGUUCCCAUGAUUCUUUAGGGGAAACGUUGCAUGCUUUAAAUAUAUGGUGUGUACAGUAUGCAGUUGUGCUAAUGUGAGAGAAGGACCCCCCACCCCCCUAUCCUAGCUGUUGCCCCCAAUGUCCUGCAACUCUACUCGGGUGCUAUUCCAUAGGUACACCUUCACCUCACCCCAGCACCAUUUCGUUCAUUGUCCCCCUGCCCUGGUCUCCACAGAAACGGACAAGGUUGGGGGAAAUUAUUGUCAGUUUCGACAGACAAAUUUGGGGUGGUUGCAUUUGUGGAAACGGACAAUGCUGUCUCUCUCUCCCCUUUAUCCAUGGCUAGAGAACAGUAAUGGAAACUGGCCACAGUGAAAUGGACAAGUUUUGCCCCCUCAACAUACUUUUAUAUAGGGAGAAGUCUAAAGGUGAAAAAAGGCACUCCCAAAUAUGUGGAAAGAAUGGUGGGUGAAGGACUUAAAAAAUGGGUUCAGAUGGAACACAUCUGUUGCUGUGCUGCUCCCUUGAAGGGCAGUGCCGCAAACUUAAAACAGGGUUUACAAAUGGUUCAACUGUCAUAGUUUAAGAGCAUAAGACAUGCUUGCUGGAUCAGGCCAGUGGCCCAUUUAGUCCAGCAUCCUGUUCUCACAGUGGCAGACCAGAGGCCUGUGGGAAGUCUGCAAACUGGACAUGAGCACAAGAGCACUGUUUCUGCUGAGGUAACUUGGAAACUGUGGUUCUUUUUGUGGGUUUGCUGAGAAUUCUCUCUUAGAGGUUCUUUAGGCCAGGAGGAGAUUGGCCGGGCAUAGGCCUACAUAACAAGUGCCUGGUUUUCUUCUCCAGCUUUACACACACACACCCUAAACACACUACCUUUUAAAAACCAGGGAGUCAAAAUUGGCUAUUUUAAGAUUUAUGUUUUAGCACAGAGCAGGGCCAGCCCAAGACAUUUUGGCACCUGAGGCAAAAUGGUGCCCCCUCCCCGCCAGGGAAGAAGGGGUGAGUGAAUAUCUACAUCAGGAACAAGGAGGGGAAUAAAGAUCUACACUGGGAUCUGCUGCUCCUGUGGAUCCAGAAGCCUGAGGCGGUCAGCUCACAUUGCCUCUUGGGCAAGACGGCCGUGGAACAGAGUAUUCCUUUUACAAGGUCAUAAACCAUACAGGAACGAAGAGUCUAUUCUCUGCGAUAAUUGCUUAAGUUGUGUUUAAUUAGGCUUGGGAAAUCCCAAUAUUCAUGUUGAUCCAACAUUAGCUUUGAGGGAAUUAAUAAUCACAUGGCUUGAGGUGUUCAAUAAAAUUUGUCAGCUUUUGGCUCUCUAAAAGUUGUUGGACUCCAACUCCCAGUUGCCCCACCGAGUAUUGCCAAUGGCCAGGGAAGCUGGGAGCUGUAGUUCAAUAACAUAUUGAGUGCCAUAGGUCCCCCUUCCCUGCUUUAGCCUCUCACAGAACUAUAAUCCAUAGGAUUCCAUGUGUUUGAAGCACUUGUGGUCCACAUAUAAGAGCAAGGAGCCAAGCAAGCAGUUAAAGGAGAGAACAGUUGCUGUUGACUGAGCUACCCUACCUCAUUCCUUCCAAAACACCUCCCAUCUGAGGACAAUCUUGCCUUGGGAAGGAAAGAGAGAGGACUGAAUUGUCUGAAAAGCUGCCAUCUAAUUCCCAGUAUUCCACCUGAGGGCAUUUCCCUCCUUCAGAUGGGCUACUUAAGGACCAUCUUGCCCCAAAGGGAGGAGAGGUCCAGUUAUCGAAAAGGAUUUGUUCCCCCUUGUCACUUGGUUGUUUUAAUUUUGUUUCAAUUGAUGCUUAUUGUUUUUCUAUUUCCAUGUUAACUGCUUUGUGAGGUUUUCCCCAAAAGCAAUCUCUAACUCGCCUUAAGAAGCAGUCUAUCGUUAUUUUUUCCCCUCUCAGUCUCCCAGUGAAGAAUGUAGCACCCCUUUGUCCCUCAAUUUGGAUGACCUAGAAGAAUUUGUACUGAAACCCGCUCCUCAAGGCAGUACAAUCCAGUGUCGCAUCACACGGGACCGGAAGGGGAUGGACAAGGGCAUCUUUCCCUUCUACUACCUGCAUCUGGAGAUGGAAAACGGAAAGAAGGUAUCUGCACGCGAGAAAGAAUUCUGUGCCUUUAGAAACAACAACACCAACAAAAACCCUGCUUUCAGGGGUCAGCAAACGUUUUCCGCAGGGGGCCGGUCCACUGUCCCUCAGACCUUGUGGGGGGCCGGACUAUAUUUGGGGGGGAUCCCCCCACAACUCUCCCCUCCUUUCUCCACAGCACUGGAUGAGCCCCGGUGGCUGCUUACCUGUGCCUUGUGAGCGGCAAGGGCUGGCGGCGGUGGAGGGAUGAUGAGCGGUGCGAAAGGGCUGGCUCUGUAGAGGGGCUGCUUAAAAUGGCGCUCAGCCAACCGUGGCUCAACAAAGCCCAGCCCCCUUCCUCCUCUAGGCAGGGCAGGGAGAAGCCAGGAGGAGGGAGGGAGGAGGCGGCACCGUGGUGGAAGGGGGGGGGAUGGUGCAGCCCGAACCAUCAGAAUCCCCACGCCGAUCCACACGGCGAUUCCCAGACCGUACGCGGGCUGGAUCCAGAGGGCAGUUGGGUCGGAUCCAGCCCCCGGGCCUUAGUUUGCCGACCCAUGGACUGGAGUCCAUCAGAUGAAUGAAGUUUUAGCCCAGGGGUCAGCAAACCUUUUCAGCAGGGGGCCGGUCCACUGUCCCUCAGACCUUGUGGGGGGCUGGACUAUAUUUUUUUGGGGGGGAAUGAACAAAUUCCUAUGCCCCACAAAUAACCCAGAGAUGCAUUUUAAAUAAAAGGACACAUUCUACUCAUGUAAAAACACGCUGAUUCCCGGACAGUCCGCGGGCCAGAUUGAGAAGGUGAUUGGGCCGGAUCCAGCCCCCAGGCCUUAGUUUGCCUACCCAUGUUUUAGCCUUACUUGGUGGGGAUAUAUAGUGAGAAAGAAAAGGUCAGAAAUGGUGAACAGUGGUGUCUAAUGGGAAAGAAAAGUCUGGCAAUUCAGUUAAGGCGGCAAUCCUGGGAGCUCAUCUCUCUCUCUCAAUGGAUGGUUUCCAGCCUCAUAAGGGCCUUCCCCACUGCCAUGGCAAUCACUGUGGCCCUGGCCUUACCAACCUCUCAGCGAUGUUGUUAGAGGCAAAAAAGCAAGUGCCUCACAUAUGCCAGCCCUCACACUGGUGUAUGUAUUGUCUCUCACCUUCGAAAGAUGUUCCAUGGAAGAGGUCCCAGGUACAAUCUCUAGGCAUGGCCAGGAGAGUCCCCUGCCCGAAAUUCUGGAAAACUGCUGUCAGAUAGUGUAGUAAACAGUAAUGAAAGGCUAGAUGGAUCCAUGUUCUUAGUAGGUUGCAACAAGCUUCAGAGGAGGAAGCUGCCAAUGGAAAUAUCUAGUCUUAUCAAUCAUAUUGUUCAAGAACCUAUAGGUAAUUACUCUAGAAGGAGGUGCAAUUUGUACCGCUUCCUGUGAUUUGACACUGCUUAGCAAUUAUAUCCCAGGGUUGUUUUCCAAUACAUUUGGAACUUCACUGGAGAUGUUAAAAGUAGGUCAUGAGGGACCAAACUACAGCUCCCAUGGCCAUGCUUGUUGGGAGUUGUAGUCCCACAACAUUGGGGGGGGGCACAAGUUCCCCACACCUGCGAUAAAGUCUCUGCAAUUAUUCUGGAUGGAAGUGGCUUAGAACUGGGACGGAGAGCCUUGGGCCUGUAGAUAUUGUUGGAUUCCAUCUCGCAUUGAUCCCAGUCAGUGCAGCCGGCGGUCAGGGAGUUGUAGUCCAACAAUAUCCAGAGAAAGGGAAAUGUAAAGAUACCUGUGUGGAUCAGAAAGGGGAUGCUAGCCAUUGCAGGAGGGAGGCUUGCCAGGGACCCGUCUCACUGACCGUUGCUGUGUAUUCUCCUUCAGCGAUUCAUUAUGUCUGGGCGGAAGAGGAAGAAAAGCAAGACUUCCAACUACCUCAUUUCACUGGACCCCAUUGAUCUGUCAAGGGAUGGAGAUAACUACAUUGGGAAAGUCAGGUGAGUCUGUUUCAACCCCAUCUCGCAUUGGCAGGGCUGUGGCACAGUUGGGAGGGUGCCUGGUUUGCGUGCAGGUGGCCCCAGGUUCAAUCCAUGCCAUCUCAGGAAGCUCAGGUGAUGUGAAAGACCGAGACCCUAGAGUGCUAGGGCCUGUCACCGUUAUGCUGCUGUGGUCACAUCACCCCAAACAUCCAGCCCUACAGCACCUUAGUAACCUACCCAUUUAUUGGGCCAAGAGCAUUCAUAGGCAAGGACCUACAACGCCUCCUAUAAGUUAUCGCCAAAGAAAACCACAGAGCAAGCGAGGCAGCCUCUUUUCUUGGAGCAAUUUAAAGUUCAAAGUGAUGAUAGUGAUCUUUGGAGUUGCCCAGUUUUUCUGGAGGUGGUGUUCAAAAACAAUUCCCAUAAGGAGCAGGAAGUGGCUAUUAAGCCAUUGUCCUUUCAGGCAUCUUGUUUAUUGAGAAUUUGUCCUCAUUUUUUUAAUGUAUGCACAAAUGAUCCUUAGCUGGGAGACACAAACACUUAAGUUUCAUUCUAGGCCGCCGCAUUUUAUUUUUAGCAGUGUUCUUGUUCUUCAUUUGUAUUUUCCUUUGAUUUUGGGUUUUGGAUUGUUAUUUAUUAAUUGGGAAGCAGGGGAGUUGAGGAUAAGGUAUAACAUUUCUAAAAUAAGCGUUUCUCUCCCCCCCCCAACCUCCUUCUAGGUCCAAUGUACUGGGAACCAAAUUUACCGUGUUUGACAACGGGAUGAACCCAGAUAAGAAACCUUUUGUUCCAGAAACAGCCCAGCUGCGGCAAGAGCUGGUUGCCAUUUGCUAUGUAAGCUUGAAUGGAGAGUGGGCCCUGUUGGAAUGAGGGGAGGAGCCUGGGCAGUAGGAAAGACCCAAGAUCUCAAAGUGCCACCAACUGCCAAAAUGGGCAACACUGAGUUGGAUGGAGGAAUGGCCUGUAUAAGCAGAAACCUCUGUUGCCUUUACUACAGAGAUGAGAUGAGCCUGUAGUCCCACAAAGAUGUUGGGCUACAGCUCCCAUCGAUCCCUGGUGAUUAGUCUGAGGCUGACGGGAGUUUGGGUCCAACAACAUCCGGAGGCCCAGAGCUCCUCCAUCCCUGCUUUAUUUAUCACCUUCUGGCCACUUGUGGUGUUUUCACUUGUGGUGAAGCAGCUUUUUCUCCCAGUGGGACAACGAUGGUUGAGUCCUCGGCCCAGUAUACCUGAAGGAGCAUCUCCACCCCCAUCGUUCCGCCUGGACACUGAGGACCUUCUGGCAGUUCCCUCACUGUGAGAAGUGAGGUUACAGGGAACCAGGCAGAGGGCCUUUUCAGUAGUGGUGCCUGCCCUGCGGAACACCCUCCCAUCAGAUGUCAGGGAAAUAAACAACUACAGUGGUACCUCGGGUUAAGUACUUAAUUCGUUCUGGAGGUCCGUUCUUAACCUGAAACUGUUCUUAACCUGAAGCACCACUUUAGCUAAUGGGGCCUCCUGCUGCGCCGCUGCUGCACGAUUUCUGUUCUCAUCCUGAAGCAAAGUUCUUAACCCGAGGUAAUAUUUUUGGGUUAGCAGAGUCUGUAACCUGAAGCGUAUGUAACCUGAGGUACCACUGUGCCUGACUUUUUGAAGACAUCUGUAGGCAGCCCUGUUUACGGAAGUUUUUAAUGUCUGAAGUUUUAUUGUGCGUUUAAUUCUGUUGGGAGCUGCCCAGAGUGUGUGGGGAAACCCAGCCAGAUGGGCAGGGUAUAAAUAAUAAUUAUUAUUAUUAUUAAUAUUAUUACUACAAAAUGAGAAUGUUGGCUUCUGUUUCAGGUGAUAGCUUUAGAAUCUAUCCACUGCAUUGCACACAGAUAGGAGAAGAGUUGUUUCUGGGUGCUGGGACAGCUGGUUUGCAUGCAGAAGGCCCCAGGUUCAAUCCCUAGCACGCACACACCCUCAAGUAGGGCUGGGAGAGACCCCUGCCUGAAACCCUGGAGGGUUGCUGCCAGUCAGUGUAAACAAUACUGAGUGGAUAGAUCAGUGGUAUGACUUGGUACGAGGUGGCUUCUUAGAUAUGCAUUUGCAGAAUUCACAACAUGCUACAUAAAUGAAUAAUAAAGCGACAGUAACAACCCGAUGGCAGAGUGAAUAGAAUCAUAAAAUUGGAAGGCACCCCGUGGGGUCAUUUAGUCCAACCCCCUGCAAUGCAGAAAUCUGACCAAUGUGAGGCAAUAGGAGAGUUGUUUAUUAUUAUUAUUAUUAUUAUUAUUAUUAUUAUUAUUAGUUGCUUUUUGCUCCUUUCCUCGCCUCCUUUAUAGGAAACCAAUGUGCUGGGAUUCAGAGGCCCACGGAAAAUGACAGUGAUAAUCCCUGGUGUGGACGCGGACAACGAAAGGAUCUGCAUCCGGCCUAAGAAUGUGAGUGGUUCACUGCGGCAUGGAGACUGGCAGGCAGCCCCGCUCCUUCUAGCGCCCUUCUAGGGCUGAAGCCGCCAGCAUAAAACAUCCCCCAUGUCUGUGUUGUUGGUAGGAACAUGAGACCCUCCUGACUCGGUACCAGAACCGGAACAUGCAGAACCUGAUCAAACUCCAGAACAAGAUGCCGGCUUGGAACGAGGAGACCCAGUCCUACGUGCUCAACUUCCGAGGGCGCGUCACACAGGCCUCCGUGAAGAACUUCCAGAUCAUCUCAGAAGACGACCGUGAGUAGUGGGCGGAGUUGAGAGGAGGCGACUCGAGGCGAAAGUGCUGCAGCCCAGUAACUUAAGCCACAGCCGCUCAUAAGCAAGGCCGGUUCACUGGGACUUCCUUCCAAUCAAACAGGCUUAGAAGGACCACUUCCUUCGUGGGCAAGGGAUUCUCUGGUAUGGCCUCCCCAUCCUGGUGCCUUCGGGGUGUUGUUGGACGAACCACUCCCAUCAGCCCCAGGCAGUGGAGCCAAUGGUCAGGGAUGAUGGGAGUUGUAGUCCAGAACAAACAGAGGGCGCCAAAUUAAGGGAGACCGCUCUGGCCUAAGAGUCCCAGCCCGGAUAUAGCUGCAUCUCGGCAAUGCACAAGAAACCUUUGGACGUAAAGGUCGCAGCAGACCUGAGUGCACAAAUUACAUAUUUACAGGAGUAGAUUGUACAAACAUUGGCUUGUGCAGACAUGCUACACAAGGAUCUCUGUGUAACCAAGUUACCUCUAUUCACCAAGCUCCAUAGGCGUAAGAAAGCUAUUCGCACCACCCAGCAGCCAUCUUUCAAAAGAACAGGACCUCUCAAACAUACACACCCCUCCCUGUGUUUAUCACAGGCUGAAGGAAAGUUUGAGCAGAGGUUUGGCUGUAUGUAGUAAACGGAGGUGGUGGUGGGGUAUGUAUCUUUGGAGGAGAGCACCCUGAGCAUGUGGUUUUGAAGAAUGGGGAGAUGGGUAGUGAAAUAUACUCGGGAGUCGAGAAUGGAUUUCAUGCUCUUUAUUCAGCUCAUAGUGAUGAGGAGGAAUGGAAGUUCCCCCAGAAUGUCUGCUUUAUAUGCAUUAUUUACACAAUGGGCCCCAUGUGAUUGGCUAAUUCCGGGAUUCUCCUGUAGGCCAAUCAGGUUGCGGAUUCACUUCCACCUGGAGCUGGAUUGGGUGGCUCCUGUGGACCAAUCAGACUGCUGCAUUCUCGGUCCUAUUUUUCUAGGACCAAUCAGACUGCUGCAUUCUGAAUCCUAUUGUUCUAGGACCAACCAGACUGCUGCAUUUUGGAUCCUAUUCAACUCAGUACAUAACAGGGGGGCAGGCCGGCGAGGUGGUGGACCAGGGUGGAUGUCUUCAAAGGCGUUUUGUCUGCAUGUUUAGCAGCAGAGAUUACGUACAGAGUUUCCUGUCUCAUUGGUGCUCUUUUCCCAUCCCUGCCAUCCAGCUAACUACAUUAUGCUGCAGUUUGGUCGUGUGGCGCCCGAUGUGUUCACCAUGGAUUACCGGUUCCCUCUCUGUGCCGUUCAGGCCUUUGCCAUCUGCCUGUCUAGCUUCGACGGGAAAAUUGCUUGCGAGUAGAGAGCCAUCCCGCCGACUUCUCUGACAUCCAACCUCUGUGGCUUUUGCCCCGGAUUGCUUCCUGCUGCCUCGUAAAACUGGACACAAACUGUUUUGCUUUCAGUAUUGCCCACCUUCUACCUCCAACCUUCCCGUCUUUUGUCAGGCUGGACCUCCACAUGACCUGUUGCCGUCAAGCUGGCAUGUGAUUUCCCCUUUUGCUGCCCCCCAUUCAAAUCCCGACAAGCCAUUUCCUGCCAAAGUAUCUUCACCAUUUCCUGUAGCCCCCAAACCUUUGACUUCAUCUCCGUCUUUCUUGUUUUGAUUCUGAUUUUUUAUUCACUUUGAAACUCCCCCUGCCCAACCUGAUUUCUGACCUGUGUCGCUUAACCUUUGGACCUUGCUACUUUGGUUAAGGCUUGUUAUGUCCUAACUCCCCCCCCCCACUGCCUCCCCCCCCUCAAAGUAACUAAUUAAUAUCCAUCUAUGCAAGAAACAUACCAUCUCACCAGAUGUGGACCAAAGCUCCGUUAUUGAAGAAACAACAAAGCACUUGAAGAAACAGCAACUUCUGCCAGCUUCAUGAAUUCAGAACAAGGGAAGGGGCAGCCAUUUUGAAACUAUGGGCUGAAGCUGCAACCCCACCUAUUUUCCCUUCUCUAUCAAAUUGGGUAAUAGAUUGGAAAUAAAGCUUACCCAGAGAUCAGUC